GCCUUGUGUUUUAUACGCCGACUAAUAGUGUGGCUUGACAGUACUGUGAGCAGUCGAGGGAGGAACAGCUGUUCAUUGUUGCGAGGAGAGAGUUUAUAGUUUGUGCUGUUAUAUAAUUUCGCUUUCGUCGGGUGUCUUGGCGGCUUGUUUCUCCUGCCGUUGACCGCGAGUCGCUCAAGCCGGAAUGGACGAACCGAGCGCCAGAUAUCAGCAGCUGCCCAACGAGGAGGACCCAGAAGAGAGACCACAGGUAGCAACUGACGCUCCACCCCCCUACAACAGCAUCACAGUGGACAAUGCUGCCUACUUUGACUACAAGGAAGAUGGUGUUUUCCCCAAGCCUCCAUCAUACAACGUAGCAACGACAUUACCUUCCUAUGAUGAAGCAGAAAGAACCAAAGCUGAAACUACUGUUCCCCUGGUAACCGGAAGAGAUGAAGACUUUGUGACCAGGGACGAUUUUGAAGAUGCUGAUCAGCUGAGGAUAGGAAAUGAUGGCAUCUUCAUGCUCACUUUUUUCAUGGCAUUCCUCUUCAACUGGAUCGGUUUCUUCCUGUCUUUCUGUCUGACCACCUCCGCAGCCGGUCGCUACGGGGCCAUCUCAGGCUUUGGCCUCUCCCUCAUCAAAUGGAUCCUCAUAGUCCGGUUCUCCACAUACUUCCCUGGUUACUUUGAUGGACAGUACUGGUUGUGGUGGGUGUUUCUGGUGUUGGGCUUUUUGCUCUUCAUACGAGGAUUCAUCAACUACGCCAGAAUCCGCAAGAUGGCUGACACCUUCUCCACUCUGCCCCGCACCCGAGUCCUCUUCAUCUACUGAGCCCGUAAACCCUCUGUCUCACCAUCUAUCUUUUUCUCUCUUUCACUGAGGCACACUCUCUGGCUUUUUCAACCAAAACAGGAGAAUGGAACUUUUUUUUUUCCUCUGCUUGACAUGAUUUGGGCAAUACAUCUGUUGUCCCUUUUUGUUGUAAAAUAGUCAACGCUGAGAAAUCUGUAAAACCCUUCAAUUGUUAGUGGUGAACUGUCAAGUGCUAUUUGCAAUUACGAAGUGUGUGAUGUAUAAAUUAAUGCCUUAUUUACUAUUUUACUAUCUGUUGGUAGCAGCAGCAUGCACUGUGCUCCUGAUUAGCCACCAGGGGGCAGGCUUGUUUGUAUUAUUUUUUUUCCACAGGUCUUCAACCUGAUGAAGUCACAUGUUUAGAAAACGGUGGUUCUCAGCCCAGGGACCAGUGGGUAAUUUUUGGGUUAUGGGUUGAUUUACACUAUGUGAAAUAAUAUAUUUCAAGUAUCAAAUUAAUGUGUUUUUAAAUUUUCUGACCAAUACCGUUUGUUCCUUGUGGAAUUGUAUAUAAUUCAGGUAAUACAAGGCUGAAAAGGGAAAAACAUUGGCUUGUUUUGGAUUCAGGGGCUAAAAUGGUUGAGGACCACUUGUAUAGAAGAUCAGGGGCCCCGUCAUUCCCCAAUGCAUCUUUCCUUGUGUAUUUAAGAUUUGUCUAUGAACUCACUGUAAUCAGAAAUGUUCUUUCAUUAUUUAACAUACAUGUAUUUCAGCAGAGGAUUAAAGGUGCAGUGAUGUCCAGGGUAGCCAGGAGCCGAGCUUCUGGAGUAGGCUGAGGGUCACUGCCUUUCUCAAGGGCACAGUGAUGGGGAUGGAAUAAGCUGAUAAGUCUGUCACUAGUCUGUUCACAUGUGCAAUCGGACGGUUUUGGUCAAAUAAAUGAUUCCAAUGCCCUA